AUGGUUUGCGCGGUCAUGAUGGACAAUGGUCCGCUUGGCUUUGAGCUGUGGUAUCAUGCUAACAGCACCCAUAUUCACCGGGGUGUGCUCCAGUCCAAGGGUCUUCACCAUGAGUACAGCGCUGAUGGACACGAGAAGCUCUCAAGCAUGGCCCUGCAGAUGGGUCCGGUAGGUAUGGGCAUAUACGCCUUUCGAGAGAAGCUCUUGGGGUGUCCGAUGCACAUGGUAGUUCUGCCCAAUGCACGGCUCAGUGCUGCCGUGGCCCAUAUCUAUGUCGACAUGGUGUCCAAGAAUGGCUUCAUCCCACACCAGAUCACAACUGAUCACGGCUCUGAGACGGGCUAUAUGUACGCCAUACAUUGUGCACUGCGGUGCGUGUACCCGGAUCAUUUUCCUUUCAGGGACAUGCUGAUCAUUGUCUAG